GGAAAGACUUUAUGUACAAGUCACAAGGAUGCCGUGGAAAGGAAAGAAAAGAAACAAUACAGUGACGUGAACAUUUCGGGCAUCAGUCUUCACAUCCAUCCGCCCCAUAAACCCACCAAGAGAAAGGAAAAGACGCAAAACAAAAGAAAACGAGAAUCAGGUAAAAGAGCGCCCAAAUGGCCAAAUGCCCAAGCUCAAGGAAAUUCAUAACACCAUGACACCAUGCUUCCCCAGGAGAUCGGGCAAGUAGAGGGAGAAAAAGAAGAAGAAAACGAAUGAACAAAUAAGAGAUCACGCGGGAAGAUCACCAAAUCUAUCGCAAAUAUCGAUGAAGACACCAAGAAGCCACGAAUCUAUGCAGGUCCACGUCCGGGCAAUUCUUUCCUUCUCUUUCUCUCCGUCUUAUUCGAUUGUUGGAGAUUUAGACGGAGUUUUUUUUUUUUUUUUUGUUU